CUGCUCUUGCUUCGUUAGAUUUUUAACAUAUCUUAAACUAGAAACAGCGCACGUACGCAAUUUAUUUAGUCACGAGAUGAGUUGUGCACGCACCGCCAGGGACAUUAUCACUCUUAAGGGCUCUGCAGCCAUUGUCAGCGAGUUCUUUGCUUAUGCAGCCAACAGUAUUCUGUACAAUCGAGGCAUUUAUCCUGAAGAGCAAUUCAGCAAGGUCAGGAAAUAUGGCAUUCCAUUGCUGCUGAUUCAGGAUGAAGCAGUCAAGGCUUACAUUUCCUCCAUAACUUCUCAACUAGCAGAGUGGCUGGGGUGUGGAAAGCUGCAGAGAAUUGUUCUGGUGAUAAUGAGCAAAGCCUCAUCAGAGGUGCUUGAAAGAUGGAAUUUCAAUAUUGAGACAGAUAAGGAAGUCGUCCAGAAAGGUGUCUCCAGAGAGAAGAGUGACAAAGAAAUAAUGAGAGAGAUUCAGGCAAUCAUGCGCCAAAUUACAUCUAGCAUCACCUACCUCCCAUGCCUUGAUGAGCCAUGCAUAUUUGAUGUACUUGCCUACACAGAUAGGGAUUUAUCAGUUCCAGUAUCUUGGCUGGAGACUGAUGCUAGACUGAUAAAGAAUGCUCAAGUAGUGAAAUUGCAUGCUUUUGACACUAGUAUACAUCGAGUGGAUACUUUGGUUUCAUACAGAACAGAUGACAUGGGUGAGCAAUAGAUACGUACACUACUUGAUGAUUGUUUCCUGGAGCUCUCUCAGCUCUAUAGUUUGAUGGAAGUGACAAUAGAAUAAAGUGCCCAUGGUAGGAGUUGUAGACACAUGCAAAUGCCAUGUAUUAAGAACCUCAACAUAUAUAUGUGUGCAGACUGAUUUUGAUCAGAGAAUACUAACUGGCUUGUAAUAUGCCAGUUUUUGACUAUUUCCUAAUGAUUCAAAUUAACAUACCAUAUGUUCUCAAAGAGGGGCAUGCCCUAUUUUGUGAGAUGCAAUGGCAGGAUUUCUGUUUUUUGAUAAUCACGGAAUUCCAGGGAUGUUAUGACCCAAUAGUGUCGAUUGCUUGAUAUAUGACGUACAGAAAUUUAUCUGUAUUGUGUUCAAGAAGUUCAUUGUAUCUACUUGGAAUAUCUGAUUUUGUUGUAGAUUGUAAAGAAAUUGUAAAGUGCAAAUUCUGGUAAUUUUCAUGAUUGUUAAAUUAAUAUGAUAUAUCUUUUCAGUUUGUUUC